AAAAUGCAUUUUGAGAUUACUGUGCAAGAUGACCUCACAGCUUCAGAGAUACUCGAAGUGGCAGAAAAGGAUCACUCUCAAAUGGACAUUUUUGUGUGCUGUGUCCUCUCCUACGGAGAGAAAGAUGCAAUCUACGGUGUAGAUGGCUAGCAGGUUGAAAUCUGUGAUCUCAUGCAGCACUCAGCUUAAUGCCGCACACUGGCUAACAAGCCUAAGCUUUUCUUCAUUCAAGCAUGCCAAGGUAAAGUGGGCCAGAAAGCCAUGUGGAUGGCGGAUGGGCAGGAGCAAGAAGAGGAUGCUCAAAAGGUUGCGUCCUACAGUAUCCCUAUAGAAGCUGAUUUGCUGAUUGGAAUGGCCACAGUAGAGGAUUAUAAAUCUUACCAUCACACCACAGAUGGAUCCAUUUAUACCCAGGAGCUCUGUAGACAACUGGAGAAUCUUUGCCCCAGAAAAGAGGAUAUCUUGUCAAUUCUGACGAAGGUGAACUCUGAAAUGAGCACCAGGAUGUUGAAAGGAUACAAGCAAAUGCCUGAACCUCAAUAUACCCUCAGAAAGAAACUUGUCCUUCCCAUGGACUGAAGUUUUUUGCUUUGUAUGACUGUCUUCAUGUUGGACAAGUUC